CACAAUAUUACGUGCGUGCACUUUCUAGAAACAUUGAGGUUUUCUUGGGAAACAAAACUGCCCAUUGUGAUGGUUGACUCGUGGCCACACCUGCGCGUGCUUGGCCAGCUGUGAGCUAUUCCCUGGCUUCGCUCUGACCGCUUCAAUACCCUGUGAUGACGUUGUCCAUGGCCGAGCUGAGGCGGGUUUGCCACUCGGAUCACCUGCGGAACGCAGACACACCCCUCGCUGUAACGCAGCAGCCUAGGCCUGAAGCUUUCCCUUAAUGUUGGAAGCUGCUUCUUGGGGUCCUCAGAUGCGUCCCUUCCCCACAGAUGUGGCUUGGCUUUGCCACAGCAAGUCAGACAUGCGUGGACGCGAACUUAACUUAGGAGCUGCACUUAACGGAGUCCCUAACUGUGCUCUUCACUACCAGUGUGUUCCCUGCUGCUGUGGGCAUACAGGUGUUCGUGGGGUGCAGGCAAAAACAAAUCAUGAGCAUUGCAGUGGUUCCCCCCACCUCACACUUAAAUAGUCGGGGAUUCCUUUUGAGUGCCUGAUUUUCAUUUAGGCCCGACUGUGGUGGCUCACGCACUGACACGUGUGAGCACUUGUAGUGUUGUCUCAGCACACGUUCAGGCCAGGCGUUUGCUGUAAUCCGGAGGGCUUGGUGCUGCAGGGCUAUGCUCAUCCCGAAGGCCCCUCAGCAGUGUUAACUGAAGGCCUAGGCUGGUCUGCUACUUAAGACGCCGGGAGAACACGUUCUGGUUUGUCAUCACGCAGGGUAUAAAGGCCUCAUGAGCUUAGACAUGAGCAUCGGAUGCCUUCGCGAUUAUCAGAAGGGUCUUCGGCCUGGAGGCACACACGGGUCUGUUUGUUCAAAGGCUGGGCCAGGACCCCGCUUGUUUUUUGGAAAUGUUUUAACUGAAAAGUUUAGCUUGCAUCCUGGGGUGGGAGGAAGGGAGAAUGUGUGGCUUUGCUUAGCAACAUCAUUCAGCAUUCAUUCAGGUCAAAUGUUUUGGUGCAAAGUAGCCUCUGGGAGUCUCCCCAUUUUUCUCCAGGAUGGUCUUUUAACUUGAUGUCUAGUUUAUGUCUCCUUGGGGUUCUCAGGGAAGGCCGUCCUUUGUGUGAGUCUCCUCUUGGGGGACAGUGGCCUUAGGGUGGCUCUGAGCUGGGGCCUGGAUGCAGCCCACAGCUUUCUGACAGUGGUCUAAGGGCGAGAAUGCCAAAAUGGUUGCUUUGAGGUUUUGACUUACGGGGAAGGGAUUGGAACUCGGAGUGUGUACCUGGAGACUGAGUCUGGACCUGAGGAUGUCCCCUCUGGGAAGUGUGCAAUGGUCUCGCUUUAAAUGACCUCAGAAUUCUCCUCUCUGCUGCAGGAAGGUGCUCGAGUCUUUGGGGCCCUAGGGCCUAUUGGGCCGUCUUCACCUGGGCUCUCUCUUGGGGGACUUGCAGUGAAUGAGCACCGGCUCAGCAACAAAUUGCUGGCCUGGAGUGGCGUGCUGGAGUGGCAGGAGAAGCGUAGACCCUUCUCGGAUUCCACAGCAAAGCUGAAGCGCACCCUGCCCUGCCAGGCCUACGUGAACCAGGGCGAGAACCUGGAGACGGACCAGUGGCCCCAGAAGCUGAUCAUGCAGCUCAUCCCACAGCAGCUGCUGACCACACUGGGCCCCCUCUUCCGAAACUCUCAGCUGGCCCAGUUCCACUUCACCAACAGAGACUGUGACUCGCUCAAGGGCCUCUGCCGCAUCAUGGGCAACGGCUUCGCAGGCUGCAUGCUCUUCCCCCACAUUUCUCCUUGUGAGGUGCGCGUGCUCAUGCUCCUGUACUCAUCCAAGAAGAAGAUCUUCAUGGGCCUCAUCCCCUACGACCAGAGUGGCUUUGUCAAUGCCAUACGGCAGGUCAUCACCACCCGCAAACAGGCCGUGGGCCCUGGAGGCGUGCACUCUGGACCUGUUCAGAUUGUCAACAAUAAAUUCUUGGCAUGGAGUGGUGUCAUGGAGUGGCAGGAGCCCAGGCCUGAGCCCAAUAGCCGGUCCAAGCGGUGGCUGCCAUCACACGUCUACGUGAACCAAGGGGAGAUCCUGAGGACGGACCAGUGGCCGCGGAAGCUCUUCAUGCAGCUCAUCCCGCAGCAGCUGCUGACCACCCUUGUGCCGCUGUUCCGGAACUCGCGCCUGGUACAGUUUCACUUCACCAAGGACAUGGACACUCUCAAGAGCCUGUGCCGGGUCAUGGACAAUGGCUUCGCGGGCUGUGUGCACUUCUCUUAUAAGGCCUCCUGUGAGGUGCGCGUGCUCAUGCUUCUGUACUCCUCGGAGAAAAAGAUCUUCAUCGGCCUCAUCCCACACGACCAGAGCAACUUUGUCAACGGCAUCCGUCGCGUCAUUGCCAACCAGCAGCAGGUCCUGCAGCGGAGCCUGGAGCAGGAGCAGCAGCAGCGAGGGAUGGGCGGCUAGUGCACGCCCAGGCUGGGUGGGCCAGUCCCAGACGAGGCCCGGUGGAGAUCGGUGAGCAGCACUUGUUUUCCCAGGACGCAGCAGGGUGGCCCUGGCUGUAGGGAGACCACUGCAUGAGGCACUGCCUUCUGGGACCUGUGUCCCUGGCAAGUAUGGGUGCCUGGGGUGGGGUGCAGUCUCACGAGUAGAAGCCACCCCCUCCUACUGCCUCCCAGGUUAGAUGCUUCUGAGCAGGGGCUCCUGGGGACUGUACCUGCCCAGCUACCUGGAGGACAGCGUCCUGAGGUCUCCAAGGAUGGUCCUUGCCUCUGUAUGUUUCCCUAAUAAAGCCUUUUAACCCACA